AAUGGGCAAAAUCUCAGGAAACAUAAUUAUACAUUUUCAUUUCUCGUGCUUUGGUUUGGCAAAGACACUUGCAUAUAUUAUUAAAUCAGUGAUAUGCAACUGUGAGUUUGAAGAACAAGACGAGGUUCUCUUGAAUAGGCCAAGCAACUGCUCGCUUCAAGGCACUGUAGCAAGAGGGCUCUGUGAAUUUACAGUUGUCGCGUAGUUAAACUCGAAGUUAGACUCUUCCGUUCAUACGUGAAUGGCAAAAUGUUGAAAAACUUCGUCUACAUUCUUCUUCUUGUGCAUGUUUACGCUUAUGAUGUGGAUGAACUCAUACAGCAGCAACUAGAAGAAGAUUUUUCACAAGGUGAACAGGGGGACAAGCGAAUAAUAAUGCCAGGUACUCUUUGGUGUGGCAAUGGGAACAAGGCUGACAGCGAAGACGAUCUUGGCUCAUUCACUGAGGUAGACAUGUGUUGUCGUGAGCACGAUCAUUGCCCUCGCACGGUUGGAGCAUUCAAGAAACAAUAUGGCUUCAGAAACCUUUUUCUAUUCACUGUCAGCGAUUGCAAGUGCGAUUUCAUGUUCUACACUUGUCUGAAAAACGUAGAAGACCACAAAGUUGCAGCAAAGUUAGUUGGAAAGAUGUUUUUUAAUGUCCUGAGAAUGCCGUGUCUUAGAUUUAAUCGGGAAGGAACUGAAGCAUUUAAAACCCAUUCACGACGCUUCAAAUAAAGUGGAAAGAGCUCAAAUACUCAGUGUAAAAAGUAAUUCAGUUUUUAAGUCAAUUAAGGAGAGACUGCAUCAAUUCAUAUCGGGUUGUUCAAUGAAGUAAUCUAAUCUUUAGUUGCUUUCCUUGCAUUUAAUGAUUUUUUAUGAUAAAAUUCAGAUUUGAACUUCAAAAGAACACAAAGACUUUUCCAUCAUUACCACAAUACAUUUCUUUAAAGACAAUCUUUUGAAGGCACAAAACUUAAACUGAUUGGGCAACCUCAACAUUAAUGUGCUCGCGUUUCUGAUUGGCCUAUUUCGAUCCACAAUUGGGUAUAUAUAUUUGCUAGCGUAGAGUUUUCGAUCUAUGUUCUGACGCUUUAUAGUCAGACGAAAAGCUUAAGUAUAUUCAAAUGUUUGCUUUUUCAAAGCCAUUACUUCAAAGCUUUUUAAAAGUUAUUGUUAGCCUCGUUUUUAAGAAAGGGAGGGGUGUGCGAAAUAUAGUCUUGGGAACUUUCACACGUGGAUACAUGGGGAGCAACAAGAUAGUAAGGCAAAAUUAAAUCAAACAACGUAAACAGAUAUAGCACGAGCAAGAAAAAGAUGUCCUUAUGAAAAUAAAAAAGUGGAAAAUGUAGCAUGCUUUUUUAAACUAAAAGGAGACAAAAAAUGCACAGUUUGACGGAUUUAUCGAGUCUUUUAAUGGAAAUCCAUAACAAACUGUGGCCAGCAACAACGUAAUCUGGUGGUGAAUAAUAAAACAUGGAGAAAAAGGAGUUUCAAUAUAGAGUUGACUGAAAUCACUGAAAUUGGGUUGAAUGGUGAUUUGGUCUCGUCCAUUUGGAGGGCAUUCGUCACACCUCAAGGUGGAAAAGGAUAAGAAUAAAGGGUUUUUGGCAAAGGUGCCUUUUUAUACGUGUUUGUCAAAUCUCGUAGAGAAAGAAAAUAUUACAAGUUAUUAAUCAAAAAACGGUCUCAUGAAGAAAUAUGAUAAAUACAAUACGAAAAGAAGUAUAAUUAUGAAAACUAGGUGAUACAAUAUGAUGUAGUACGAGAUUAAUCAUAAAAAGAGUAGGAAUAAGGCAAUUAUGAACCCGAGAAGACUUGGUCUAGGCACUUUUCUCUGGAUUCUUUCAAAAAUAUCGAAUAAGCAGCUUCCAGCGAGGAAAACCAAAACGUCUAUUCACAUAUUCAAACAACGGUCUAUUCACAUAUUCAAACAACGUCUGCAACAAUAUUUCCAUGAUCUAGCUACCAGUUUUUUCAGACCUUGGUAAAAUGAAUAUUAAGCCAACCAGCUCAAUAAUACUCUUGAAAUCCUCAACCAAGAAACCUCGUUUUACAUACUGAGAAAUUGUAGAAAGUGAUUAUUUUUAAGCUGCUUUUAUUUCAGAAAUUUAUCCUGGAUUUUAAAUUUGUGCAAAGACCUUUCGUCUAAUGACCGAACUGCAAAGAUUCAAUUUACACAGUCUUCUUUAAAUAAACAGGCUUUGACAAAAAUAGACGAUAUCACAAAGAAGAUUAAUCAUGUUUGCUAUUUUGCCUUCUGUGUGGUAGAAACUCUCAACAGCUGGGGAUUUCAGCUUUUGAAGGAGACUGGUAUCAGUGUAAUACGUCAAAUGAUUGUCUACAGAGACGUAGGAGCCGGGGAGGCGCUAGGGCGCAUGCCCAGCUCAACUUUUGGAAAAAAUGCCCUUUUUCAAGAAGUAACCUCUUUGAAAUAUUACCCCCUUCUGUAAAAUGGUGCCCUUUCCAUCCUGUGUCCCUCCAACUUUGAAAGGCUUCCAAUGUCCCUAAAUGUGUAGCACGUACACGUAACUUUCAAAGCAACAUUAGCAAAGAGGAAGAAUGUAUUCAAAUUUUUACUUGUAUUUAAAUAUAGUCUCCUUGAGUGUCUUUGAUAUCAACUAAUCACCACAAUGGGCAGAAGGGGUAGAGUACCGAAGUGAUGAAAUUAUAAAAUCUAAAUGAUGAAAUUAUUAAACAUAAGUGAUAGAAUCAUAAAACUUUUUAGAAUUUUUGAUCUUGAAUCUAAUAACUUGAAAGUGCACUGUAAAAUGUCUGAAUAAGUGUAAAACCAGUUAUUAAACUUGGCUCUGAUCAGGCCACGCGAGCAGUCCCUUUCCCCAUCAAACCUCUGUUAUUUGGCUCUCGUUUUAAUAUCCUGGUUUUAAUAUAUGAUAUGGUUAAUAUCAUAUGUGAUUGGGAGGGUUUCAGAAAGUCAUUAAGCUAUGCACCGUGGUCAGUUUGUAAUGUCUUUGAUGAGGUGGAUGACCACAAAUGGUGCUGGGAAAAGAUUUACAAGGAUGUCAGAAAAGGAGAUUAUCAUAGAGAGAGAGAGAGACCAAAGUACGGGCAAAGUCUCAUCCCUGGUUGACAUCUAAGAUAAGGAAGGAAAUAAAUCAAAGGUACAAAUGUUUACAAAUUGCAUUGCACACUAACAAUCAAAAUAACUGGAAUGCAUACAAAAGAAAACGAAAUGACGUCACUUCUAUCCUAAGAGCAGCUGAAAGAAACUACUGGAAAAGUAGCCUAGCUGAGGCAGAGUGGAUCUAAAGACUUUUGGAAAUUUGUCAGAAGAUUAACAGGAAAGGAGAAAGAUAACAAGAGAAUAGGGCCAAUUGAGAAUGACGAAAAAGUCCUUGUUUACUCUGACAAAGAAAAGGCAGAAGCAUUUAACAAUUAUUUCACGGAUAUUGGCAAGAAUUUAGCAAGUCAGUUUCCUUUACCUGAUCAGUCUGAUUACUCUUACAUUACCAGAGUGCGCCCAACCCUGUCGGAAGUGUCAAACAUCUAUGAUACUCUAAAAAAGCAGUUGGACAAAAUGAAGCCUGGCAAAGCACCGGGGUCAGAUAAGAUAACACCAAGAAGGAUAAUAAUGUGUAAAGACGAACUGAAUCAUGGUUUAUAUAGUCUCUGUUACCACAGCAUGAAAUCAAGGCAGUUUCCUUCAGAAUAUAAAAUAGGAAAACUACGAUUGUCUUUCAAGAAAGGAAGCAGUGUAGAUCGUGGCAACUACAGACCUCUUAGCAUGCUAAGCACACCUGGUAAAAUUAUCGAGAGCGUUAUAUGCACUAAUGUAGAUAGUCACCUCGAAACUUCUCCGAAUCCGCAUCAAUGGGGAUAUAAAAAAGGCUUAUCUACUGAGAUGAUGCUUGUUUAUCUCACAGAGACUUGGAAAAAACUCACGGACCAAGGGAAAUAUGUGGGUGUAUUGUUCAUCGAUUUUCGAAAGGCGUUCGAUACAGUGGACCACAGUGGAAAUAUAGCACUGACAAUUCAAGGUUAUCUGAACAAUAGAUUUCAGUUCAGAGAAAUUGACAAAAGCACCUCAACACUCCGGAAAAUUGAGUACGGAGUACCACAAGGCUCACUCCUUGGGCCAAGAUUGUUUUCGAUGUAUGUAGACGACUUCCCUAAAGCCCUAAGUAAAGGUCAACUUGAGAUGUAUGCUGACGACACCACCGCAUAUUGUGAUAGCAGUACCAUGGACGAAGUAUGUGAAGAUUUGCAGACAAUGCCGAGGGACAUACACCAAUGGUGUGCCAAAAAUAGGCUAACUAUUCACCCUGAGAAAACGAAGCCAUGAUAUUAAACAGGCACAAAUUCAUUGGUCUCCUGAAUGAACUUAGUCUUGGUGAACAGACGAUAGAGUACGUGCACACUUCUGAAUGCCUUGGUGUUUUGACCGAUAGCAAACUGACAUGGAAACCCCAGAUUAAAUCGAUACGUAAAUCAUUUGUUGCCAAAGUGAAAAAGUUAAAAAAUCUGAAAUACUUGUCCCGAAAUUUCCUUGAGGAAAUUUACUUCACAACAGUAAUACCAAUCAUAACAUAUGAAAUAGCUUAAUGGGGUACAUGCAGCGAAAGCCUAUUUGAAGAAUUAGAGAACAGGCCGCAAGAGUAAUUAAGAGGAUUCCACCAAAUGUGAAAGACAGUGAGGUGUUGAAUGCAUCAAAAUGGGACUCAUUAAGCUACCAAUAUAAAAGACGAAUCCUUAUAUUUACGCUUUUUGAAUCAAAAACGGAAAGACACAGUAGCCGGUUGAAUCAUACACUCAGGAUUCCUAGAUACCGAACAGAAAUUGGCACUAAACUCAAUUUCCUUCAGAGGUCCUGUGUUGUGGAAUCCAUUAAGCAAAAAAAUGAAGAAUACAACCAUUGAAACGUUUAAAAAACA